UCGUAACAUUGCUGCCUUCACAUCUAUCGCUUGCGCUUGAUCAUUGUUGCCUACUUUCCCGCUCGACCAUCUCCGCACAGUAUCUGGCGCUAUCAGACCCAAGCCGGUAGUACAUCCAUGGCUGCAUGUUGAUCAGGCAUCCAGGCAACUGUGUUCAUAGGGCUACCAUUGGCACGAUGAGAGGUUUUCGAAACGGGUCAUUUCUAUGCUAGCAGACUGUCUCAAUACCAGAACGAUCUAGGACUUCUUUCAUCCUAACGUCUCAGACCUGCUCUGGACUUGUUGCGGUGACUCAUUGGCGACUAAGCCGUGGAAGCAGGAUCAACCGCACAUCAAGCCGCCUAAAUUGUCCCGUGUCGAACCAGGAUGGCAGAAGUAUUGGUCUCGACCGAGACGGAGACUGUCGAAUCAGUGACACCAUCGUACCGUCGGCGAGUCCGUCUGCAGGGCGCAAAAUGAAAGAUGCGAAGCUAACGAAGACCAGCAAUGGCAAGUUGUUUAGCUGCGAGCCAUGUAGAAGAGGCAAGCUUCGUUGCGACCACAACAGCCCCGUCUGUGGUCGAUGUGCUCGGCGUAACAAGCCCGAGCAGUGCAUCUACCAUCCUGCGCCCUUGACAAAGCCACGCGGACCCGAGUCUACGGGCGUCCAGAAGAGCAAGCCACCAUCGCGAUCAGCGACGACCGUGCCAUAUCAACCCUCUUAUCCAGCGACAACGUACGACCGGCCGCUCUCUGGACUUGUAAGCCCUCCUGGCAGCACCGGCGUCGGCGCACAACAACACGAUCAUUCUGCGUUCCGGCCAGUCAACAGACCAUCCACGGGACGUAACGCCAUCAUUCAGCCUCCACCGCCGGUCAUGGCUCCUACACCGACCUCUGGAGAGGAUCGACGUACAUCCUCAUCCGCAUCGUACGCAAGCCCUGAGGGGUCCAUGUCAUUCCGAGAAGGCAAGAUUGGUUUCCUGGGUCCAACCAGCUACUCCUCGAUCUUCACUGAAAACCCAGCUAGUCUGGGCCCAGGUGAGAACGAAGCGGUAGAAGACACGCCUAACUUGCCGCCCGUCUCUGCUGAGAGCAUUAAGUCUGGAGCAGAGAUAUUAGCUCUGCUCCGAGAUAUUCCACUCUAUGAGAAGUUCACACAGCGAUGGUUCGAUCUUUGUGAGGGUAUUCUCGUUAUGCAACCCGCCUACCGCAUAUGGAUCGAUGAGUUAUGGUCCGAAUUCGGCCGCUUACUGGUGCAAGGCAACCCGGAGCAACUGCGUAGCCUUUCGGAGCUGGUAUGGCGAAACACACGGAAGCCGAUGAAGAUACACGGAAACAUGACAGCUCGAGAGUGGGCCAAAGCUGCCUCCGGCCGGAACCUGAGAUGGGAGAUCGUUGGCAUUAUAUUAACAUUGGCUGGCCUGAUUGCAACCAACCUCAGCAACUGGGACAGCAUCUUCGACAACAUUCGGGACCGCUACAUUGAUAGAGCCAGCUUUGCGGAGCGCAUGCGAAAGGCUUCUGAGUUCUGUCUGUGCUUCUGCUACGAGUCCGAAGUGUUGAAUGAUCUGUAUGUAUGCUUCAUGUACGAAGAUCUCAUAUUGGUGGAAUGCUUGAAAGGAGAUGCGCAUUAUGCCGCAUGGCAACGGACGGGAGAAGUCUGCGAUGUCAUUAUCGCGCUAGGCCUGCAUCAAGGGAACAGAGUCAGCGCGGAGACGCCAUUCUUCCUCGCGGAGCUGCGGAAGAAGAUCUUUGUCUCAGCGUACGGUCGUGACAAAGUGACUGCGACGUUUCUCGGUAGGCCACCAAGACUAUCGCAUCGAUAUUGUAAGAUGCAAGAGCCGCUUGACCUCUCAGAUGAAGACUUAUUCCUGGAGGGAGCCGAACUGGAGGCGGCUCUCUCGCAACUCGACGCGAACGGAUGGAAUACGGGCGGAACGCUCUGUCGCACGACCUGGCUCCGUGUCUGGUUCCAACAUUGCCGCAUACGAGAAGACAUCCUCGAGAUAGCCCUAGGCUCGGAGGAAGAAGACAUCACGUACAGAAGCAACCGAAUCCGCGACGAAUUGGACCGCCUACACGCCUCGUACCCGGCCUUCAUGCGAAUAUCACCUGAGCAGGUACUGGAAGGUAGCGAUGUGCAGGUAGGCAAAGGCUGGGGUUUCGCCAAAUCCGAGCUAGGCGCGCGCCAGGUCAACGGCAUCUUUAUGAUUUGCAUUCACACUGGGAUCACAUAUACCGAGUUCUUGCUUCAGCGCGCGAUGAUCAACCGACGAAAGAUGGAUUACAAGGAUCUGAUACCCAUUUCCAAGCGGAUUCUAAAGCUUGUGUUGUUGGCACAAUCACGAAGAGACCUGUUCCGCGACUUCCAGGGCGACCUGAUAUAUUUGUGUACAACCCACGGCCUUCCCACUGCAGGUGUCCUAGCCAUCGAACUCCUCAAGCAGGAACAAUCACGCCAAUACACCCCGGACAUCCUACCUCGGUCUGAAACGAUACAGGAUCUCAGCGUCUUCAUCUCGGCAUUGGGAGCCGUAGAGCCGGGUGAGGGUAACUAUUCAAUCUGCAACCAAGGCCGGCGGGCAUUAAAGCGGGUGCUGGAUCAGAUCUUAAGUCCACAGCCGCUUCCCACAACGUCCGCUGAACAGCCGGCGUUUGACGAGAUGAGCUUAUACUUUCCGACUGCUAACGAUGCGGAUUUCCUGCAGUGGCUGGAGAACGUGGAGUGGGAUAAGGGCAAUUUCAUGGACGCUCCGCCAGGCUCUCAAGGGGUUGCGCCCUGAGUACUCGCUGUAGCUGGUCUGGCUGAGGUGCAAUUUGUUGUUUACAGCAUUAGGCGCAGGUUGUUGUUACAGCAUUAGGCGCAGGCGGUAAUGAUCGUGAUGCGAAAUGUGCAGCGACGGCAUGAUGGCUUUGGG